CGGCAAGUUAACGACUUGUUUACUGGGCGUUUUUCUGCCGUUUCCAUAACGUUAACGCGACGUUUUUUGUGUUGACCGUUUACUGGAGAUUAACUGGCCGUUAACGGGCCGUUUUUUUGGACCUGGGUGUAGAAUCUAAUAUCAAAUGACAGACUAUCACAGUAACGCACAGGAUUAAGACAGUAUUCUGUCAUGAAAAUAUAUAUAAGAAAUCGCAGCAAGUCAUAUUACAGUUAGUCAUAUAUUACAAGUCACAGAGGCUUUCAGAGAACUUGAAUAGCUAUUUGUGUGGAAAGUCCUUUUAUCGUAAUUUUGCGUUGAUUAGCAUUGUACUUAAGCUCUUCGUUUUAUGUUCGUUUUAGGCAUGCGUCAUACAAAAGCUUCAGUCUUUCUAUACAUGCUGAUUGUUGUUUCUAUGAAUUGUGCCUGGGAAUCUUCCGAUGUCGACAUUCUAUCAUCAAAUGUUGAUAAUGGUAAUCCAGAACUCGUCAAACUUCUUCCCAGUUGUCCGGACAUUAACGAUUUUCUGGUAUAUCCUCGUACGGUGAAGAACAUGACUGUGACUGCUACCGAACCAUUACGCAUUCGUGUUGACAUGCAAAUCGACGGACCCAUCGUGAAAACUUACUCGUUCGACGGGAUGCUCCUUCGACGACGUUUAGGGCGCUCGGACCGUGUUCGAACAGGCACAACUCUUGGUCUUUUUCUACUUUUACUUGUUGAUAAGGAAGGACUUGGAGAUGCUAAAGUUGUUGAGAUAUUUGAAGAUGUGGUGGCAAUGGAUGAUAAUGAGAUGGAUUCUACAGUAUCCGAUGGUAGUGUUGGCUGA